GGGUUGGAAAGACUACUUUGAUCCAGAAAGUCACUCAAGCUCUAAAAUCCUCGGGCAUUCCCAUUGAUGGAUUUUACACAGAGGAAGUUAGAGAAGGUGGGAGGAGAACAGGAUUUGAUGUUGUCACAUUGUCUGGGAAACGAGGACCUUUAUCUAGAGUCAGUUCUGAUUCUUCUACUUCAAGACGUGAAUAUCGGGUCGGACAGUAUGUUGUAGACCUUGUUUCAUUUGAGCAGUUGGUUCUACCUAUGCUGAGAAAUGUAAACCAUGGCAGUGAUGCAGAGAAAAAAAUUUGCGUCAUAGAUGAGAUUGGUAAAAUGGAACUCUUCAGCCAGGCUUUUAUUCAAGCUGUUCGUCAAACGCUGACUGGCUCGGGGACCGUGGUACUUGGAACUAUUCCAAUACCUAAGGGAAAGCCACUGGAUCUUGUUGAAGAAAUAAGAAGUAGGAAAGAUGUUAAAGUGUUCAAUGUUAGUAAGGAAAACAGAAACAGCAUUUUGCAAGACAUCUUGGCAGCUGUGGAAUCCUGCAGAAAAUGAAGACCUUUUCUUGCCUGUAAACACUGAAGCUUUUAUUUUAACAAAACAUUACAACAUUUUGCAGAUGUUUUAGAGUCUGUCCUUCCCGCUUUAGCCCCUGGAGGCUUUACUGGAGCCUUCAGGGUAGGCAAGGUAAAGCUGGUAAUACUCUAAAAUGCGAAAAUGAGAUAGCAGGAUUCUUGUCUAUUCAUUUCACAAGCUGAUCCAUUCAAAGAAUUGAACAUCCAGUUCUAAUCUGGGGAUUUGGAAGUUAGGUGGUCUGACUCUGA